AUGGGUACGGGUCAUGAGGUGAGCUACGCCGACCCGAGGAGUUUCGGGUCGAAAUUCGGAUCCCACUGCAAGGAGACACUCUUUCCUGACGACCCGUUCCGCACAAUCCGGAACCGGCACACGCCCGUGGCCCGGUUCAAGGCCACGCUCGAUUACUUCGUCCCGAUCUUCGAGUGGCUCCCCAAAUACGACAUCCGGCUGCUCCAAUACGACAUCCUCGCCGGAAUCACCAUCACCAGCCUCGCCAUCCCUCAGGGCAUCAGCUACGCCAAGCUCGCCAACAUCCCUCCCAUCGUCGGCCUCUACACGAGCUUUGUGCCGCCGCUAGUGUACGCGGUGUUCGGGAGCUCGAAGCAUCUGGCGGUGGGGACGGUGGCGUCGGCGUCGAUGAUAAUGGCGAACACGAUCGGGGCGGAGGUGUCGGCGACGGAGAACCCUACGCUGUACCUUCAUUUGGUUUUCACGGCCUGCUUCCUCACCGGAGUGUUUCAGUUCCUGUUAGGCGUUCUAAGACUGGGGAUUCUGGUGGAUUUCCUGUCGCACUCGACGAUCACCGGGUUCAUGUCGGGGACGGCGACGAUCAUUUGCCUGCAACAGCUGAAGUCCAUCUUCGGGCUGAAGCAUUUCACGACCCACACCGACGUCGUGCAUGUUUUCAAAGCCAUUUUCAAAAACAGAAGCGAGAUGAGAUGGCAAAGCGUAGUAGUGGGCGUGGUUUUCCUUGCUUUCUUGCAACUCACUCGUUUCAUUAGGAAAAAGAAGCCAAAGCUGUUUUGGGUAUCGGCCAUUGCUCCUAUGUUGGUGGUUAUCAUAGGCUGCAUUUUUGCCUAUUUUCUGGAUGCUGAAAAGCAUGGCAUCCAAAUUGUGGGAGAGCUCAAAAAGGGUUUAAACCCCGUCUCCAUCCAUCACCUGAACUUCAACUCACAGUACCUAUCUGCCACCAUAAAAGCAGGUCUCAUUGCUGGCGCGAUUGCUAUGACUGAAGGAAUAGCAAUAGGAAGAAGCUUUGCCAUAUUGAAGAACGACCAAAUCGACGGCAACAAGGAGAUGGUAGCUUUUGGCCUGAUGAACAUCAUUGGAUCUUUCUUCUCCUGCUACUUGACCACCGGCCCGUUCUCAAAAACUGCCGUGAACUUCAACGCCGGCUGCAAGAGUGCACUCUCCAACAUUGUAAUGGCGAUAUGCAUGAUGUUCACCCUCUUGUUCCUCGCUCCCGUCUUCAAGUACACACCUCUGGUUGCCCUAGCCGCCAUUAUAAUGUCCGCGAUGCUCGGCCUCAUCGAUUACGAAGAAAUGCACCACCUCUUCAAGGUCGACAAAUUCGACUUCCUAAUCUGUAUGGCUGGCUUCCUCGGCGUCACCUUCCUCUCCAUGGACUACGGCCUCAUGCUAUCGAUUGGGCUGGCAUUGUUGAGAGCGCUUCUGUACGUGGCAAGACCAGCAACUUGCAAGCUAGGGAAGAUGCCUGGAACCACGUUGUACCGUGACAUGGAGCAGUAUCCAGAUGGCACCAGGGCGCCAGGGUUGCUCGCCUUGCAACUUGGUUCGCCCAUUUACUAUGCUAAUGCAAACUACAUUAGAGAAAGGGUUCUGAGGUGGAUUCAAGAUGAGGACGAGAACCCUGAUAAUAAAGGGGAUACUGUCGAGUUCGUUAUACUGGAACUUUCGGGUGUCACGUCGAUCGACAUGACAGGACUCGAGACAUUGUUAGAGACUAGAAGGAUGUUACAAUCGAGAAAAAUAGGGAUGGCAUUUGUGAACCCUAGGGUGGGGGUUAUGGAGAAGAUGCUGAAGUCAAAGUUCGUGGAGAAGGUCGGAAAGGGCUUCUUCUUCUUGAGCAUCGAGGACGCCAUUGACGGUGCCUACUCGUUGAGGCGAGAAAUGCAAGAAAAACCUCUACAGGUCUAG